GAUCAUCUGGAGCCCUAUAUAAGGAUCUUGGACAGUAAGUAGUCUCAGAAAGAAGAACCAGCAGCCGAACAGAUAAGGAACGAGAUAAGGAACAGCUCAGACCUCUGCUCUCGACAUGGAGAUGACUUCUAAACUUAUGUUUCCUAUCGUAGCGAUUUUCCUUCUCUUCGCCUGCAGCCCGUCGGAGGCUUGGUACAAGCAGGUGGCCGGACCGAACUACUACUCUGUGGGCAGAGCGUCCGGCUUGCUGUCUGGGAUCCGGAGGUCGUCAACGUUCGCGAGGAGAGAGGAAUCCCCGUCAGAGAGCGGAGAUUCUGCCACCAGCAGCGUCUUAUCUCAGUUACUCUCUCAUAACUCUGUUUUAAAGACGAUGCCUCUUUGCAUUAAAGACAUUACCCCAAACCUGCAGAGCUGUGAACUCUUCCAGGAAACCAAGGGAUCUCUGAAGUGCAAAGCAGAUGUCUUUCUCUCCCUGGACUCCUCAGACUGUGAAGGAGACUGAUUGCUGUCCUUGGAUCAUGAAGCAUAAUUCUUAAAAGGACAUUUAAAAAAAAACAAAAACGGACAUAUGUUUAAUGUGAUGGGUAAAGCCGUUUGCCAUAACACUGUUGAUGGAAAUUUGUUUUUCAUUCACCCUUUUGCUUGAUUUUUAUUUUAUUUUUUUUAUGAUGAUGAAAUAUGUCAAAUUGUUAUCUGGUUCAGUACUAUUGUUCAUAUUUGAUCUGAGUUUACAUCAAUAAAUGGAUCAUUCUGUGGAUCUGGUUAAAACGCAAAUCAC